GCUCCGUUGGUCCUUCUUCGGGCUAGGGCGGACGUAGUUUGGUUUCGUUGUACGUUGACUACCAGCUGCUGCAAGCGUUGUCACCGUGCCGUAUUGAAAUAGUGUUGUAGGUGUGGCCAGAGGCUCGAACUUAGUAGCUUUCUUUCAAAGGAUCUGAAGUUAUAGCAAACAUGACGAGUCCGUCUAGCCCAAAGAACCUUCCCAAUGACCUCAAGAGCCAGCUCGAAGGCUUCAAUACAGACAAUAUGAAGAAAGCAGAUACUAAUGAAAAAAUUGUUCUUCCUACAGCUGAAGACGUUAAACAGGAGAAACAACAUAAUCAACUCAUACACAGUGUUGAGAAUUUUAAAGCUGACAAAUUAAAAAGAACCAACACUCUGGAGAAAAUUGUUCUACCCAAUGCUGAAGAUGUAGCAGCAGAGAAGUCACAGAAAGCUCUGAUAGAGGAUGUAGAGGGCUUUGACACAGGGAAGCUCAAACAUGCCCAAACACAAGAAAAGAAUCCUCUGCCUGAUAAAUUUGCUGUACUGCAAGAAAAGCAGCAUCUGAACCUCAUAGAGGGUGUUGAACACUUUGACAAGUCAACCAUGAAACAUACAGAGACACAAGAAAAGAAUCCUCUGCCUGGCACUCAAGCAAUUGAAGCAGAGAAAGGCCAGCAGCAGUUGAUCGCUGGGAUUGAGAACUUUGACACAACAAAGCUGAAACAUACAGAAACCUUAGAAAAGAACCCACUUCCUACUAAAGAAGCUAUUGACAUGGAGAAGAAGGCAUAAAUGGAUAUCGAUGGUUUAAGAAAACUUAGCAACCUUUCCAUCUCCUGCAUACUGUUGCUCUCCAACCUUUUGAUACUAAUCUGAAACCAUUGAAGACUUA